AUGGAAGCGCACCCAGCACGCCACUCAGAACAAGGCUCUCGUCCAAAGAAGGGACGAACGGAAGAUAAGAAGGAACGAGAUAACAAGAAAACGGGUCCUUUGGGAAGAAGCCAGAACUACACGCCCUUGAAUGCUCUAUUUGAUCAGGUGCUCAUGCAAAUCAAAGACGACCCUUCUCUAAAAUGGCCAGAGAAGAUGAAAGGAGAUCCCAAUAAGUACAAUAAGAGUAAAUAUUGUCACUUCCAUAGGGACCAUAGGCAUGACACGAAUGAAUGUUAUGACCUAAAGCAGCAAAUUGAGAAUCUUAUUAGACAAGGAAAGCUGAGGCACUUCGUUGGAAGGGAUCAUAAAGAUGAGAAGUUGAAAGGAAAAAUGGAGGAAUCGUCCCGACCCCCACUAGGAGAGAUAAGGAUUAUCAUUGGAGGAAACUCGACGGGGCAAUCUUCCAAGUCGAAGAAGACAUAUCUCAAAGUGGUGCAAAACAUCCAACUCUCUCGACGAUCACCAAGGAUGAGAUCAAUGGACGAGCUGGCCAUUUCCUUCACCGAUGAAGAUGUUGAGAGGAUCUAUCACCCGCAUGAUGAUGCAAUUGUCAUUACUCUGCUUAUUGCAGAUUAUACAACCAGAAGAGUGUUAGUUGACAAUGGAAGCUUAGCAGAUAUAUUGUACUACCCUGACUUCUAA